AAUAAUUGUAAUUCACGAUAGUUCGCGGUUGCAGUUAUCGAUAAGAACUCUAGUUUGAAAUCACGCGUGGCGUUUUUCUGAAAUAUCGCUAAUUGCACAGUUGCAUUUUCAAUUUAAUUUACCAAGUUUGAGCGCGCGUCUCUGGUAAUUUUUAGGCCUUUCUUGUGUGCGAAUCUGGGGACACACUGAAUACAACCAUUUUUUGGCGUGUGUGUAGAAGAAGGAAGCCGCAGCGAAAAAUUUUGCAUUAAAACCCAAAAAGACCAGCAAAACGCACGCCGGCAUCAUAUUUUUCUUCUUUCGUCAAGCGCUCAGAAACCGAACGAAAAAAACAUGUCUGACGAAAAGAAAGGUGGAGAGACUGAACACAUCAACUUGAAGGUGUUAGGACAGGACAAUGCUGUGGUCCAAUUUAAAAUUAAAAAACACACUCCGCUGCGCAAGUUGAUGAACGCCUACUGUGACAGGGCUGGCCUGUCCAUGCAGGUCGUCCGCUUCCGAUUCGAUGGCCAGCCUAUAAACGAGAACGACACCCCCACAUCCCUAGAGAUGGAAGAAGGGGACACCAUCGAGGUGUACCAGCAGCAGACCGGCGGUUUCUAUUAAACCCAUUAGUUAAGUUAGUUUUCAUUUCACAAAACAAACCAACAACAACAAACCACAAGCAGAAGCAGUAAGCAUAAAAUAAAGAAGAAACAAGAGCAGAUGAACUCUGUACACAGAACAUAAUAACGCAGAUGAAAAUGUAUGGCAUACAGAAAGGAAAAAUAAACAUUUUAUAAACUAUGUAAA